UGCAGGAGGAAGAAGUCGAUUCUAGAAGCCAUUACGUUGCGCAGUUCUAUUGAGAAAAACCUACUAUUUUUGCGUAUAUUACGCACAUUUAUUCUUUUUAAAAGAGUAAUUUGUAAUUAAAAUGGCAUCCCAAGCCAAAAAGAGAAAAAUGAAUUUCUCAGAGAGGGAGGUGGAAAUUAUAGUGGAGGAAAUGGAGAAACAAAAGCACAUACUAGUUAACCACUUCAAUGCUGGAGUCACUCACAUCACCAAAAACAACGCGUGGGUAGAAAUUCUGAAACGGGUCAAUGCCGUAACUACCUGCCAAAGAGAACUGGCCGAAGUAAAGAAGAAAUGGUCUGACUUAAAGACUGAGGUUCGACGGAAGGUGGCACAAGCGCGGGCGGCAAUGGAAGGAACUGGUGACUGCACGUCGGUCCCUGUCAUUUUGACUUCCAUGCAACAACGGAUCUGUAAUCUCUUGGGAGAGGCGACCAUCAUCAGUCUACCUGCAGGAGAUGGUGGGACUGAGAUCACUGUUCCCAUGCCCAUGAGCUCGGCUACCACGGUAACAUUAACACAAAAUAUUCAGACUGCUUCCGCCGCGGCUUGUGAAGUACAGAAAUCACUAGAAGCAGAGACCACCUACCAUACACUGGAAGAGGGGGUGGUGGAGUACUGCACAACAGAGACGCCGGUGGCUGUUACCACUGAGACGCCAGUAGAGAUGCUGACAGCCCAGGCAGAGUGUUCCAUCAAGCCACAGGAGCUGAAGAGCCGCAUCGCCCUCAACUCAGCCAAAUUGCUGCAGGAGCAGAAGGUGACCAACCUGCACGUGCGGGAGAUCGCCCAGCACCUGGAGAACCAGAAUGACCUGCUGCAAAUGAUCCGCCGCUCACAGGAGGCCCAAGCUUGUGCCCAGGAGAGGCAGGCCCAGGCAUUGGAGGGCACACAGGCUGCCCUCAUCGCCCUCAUCCAGAUGCUCCGCCCGGCUCUCAAGGACUUCCGUAAAUUCCUUCAGAGCACCACCAAUAGCUCUGCUCCAGGAGCCCUAUCGGACAGUGGGGAAACUAAAGCUAACCCCUCACUGCCUACAGAGGAUGUCAGUUAAGGCCAUUUCUGUUGGUGGGGUGGGUUGCAAGGACACUUUGACGGACAGAAAGCCGACACCUAGGACUUUGGAAAUGGAGAAAAGGGAAACUGCAGUUAAAUCACAGUAUAGAUGCUUGAAGAAUAUAACUGUUGUUACAACAUUUCAAUUGAGACUGUGUAUACUGUACCGUAAUGACAGUAUAAUUUAUUAUUGUGUCAGCUGGUAUGUUGUAAAAUGUAAAGGUAAAUAGUCUCUUUAUUUUCUAUGCAGUUCAAGAAAGUAUACUUGGCUGUCUUGUAGCAAAAAACUAAUUUCUGUGGAAAACAAAUAUUGAAAUUGAUUAUAUUGAAUUGGAAAGUCAAAGGUUGGGGAGUGACUCAGAGCUUUACUUGUGUUAUCAUCAACACCACUUAACCAUGCUAUAUCCAAUUUAUUCUGAUGGUAGCUUAUGUUCUUUUGUGUGAAGAAAGUUGGCAUAUUGAGUUGGACAGUGAAAUGUUCAGUGUUAAAUCAACUCUUAGAGAGCGUAUGUGGUCUUUAAGAGUUGAAUUCACUUUGAAUUAACACUGGACAUUUUACUGUGUGGGAUUCAUUCACCAACGCAACUGUCCAAUUCAGUAUUCUCUUGCCAUCCACUGAACCUUGUUGUGAACCUUUCCUUGCAAUGCUUGGGGAAAUAAGUGUACAAAAUAUACACUCAGUGAACACUUUAUGAGGAAUUUAUUGGACUUAUUUUUUUUUACUUAUUGGCCUUCUGCUGCUGUAGUCUAUCCACUUAAGAGGUUUGACGUGUUGUGUGUUCAGAGAUACUGUUCUACAUACCACUGUUGUAAUGUGUGGUUAUUUGCAUUACUCUCACCUUCCUGUCAGCUUUGACCAGUCUGGCCCUUCUCCACUGACCUCUCUAAUUAACAAGGUGUUUUUGCCUGCAGAACUGCUGCUCACUGUGUGUUUUUUGUUUUUUGCACCAUUCUCUGAGAGACGGUUGUCCAUGAAAAUCCCAGCAGAUAAGUAGAUAUUCAAACCACCCUGUCUGGCACAAACAAUCAUUCCAUGGUCAGAGUCACUUAGAUUUCUUCCCCAUUUUGGCAUUCGGUCUGAAAAACAGCUGAACCUCUUGACCAUGUCUGCAUGCUUUUAUGCAUUUAGUUGCUGCCACAUGAUUGGCUGAUUAAAUAUUUGGAUUAACACGCUGGCAUAUAAGUCUACUUAAUAAAGGGCUCAGUGAGUGUCUGUAUUGUAUUAUUACAUAUGACUGAAUGAAAAUGCAGCUAAAAUCAACAUACGUUCUGUGAAUAUUAGAAGUGACUUUUUCCAACCAACCAACUCAUAACUGUAUUAUACGUAUAUGAUAUGUAUAGAAAUACAAUUGUAUUUUGUAUAGAGAUUUGUUCGAUUUUCUAUGUUUUUUGUUUGCGAGUAAAAUAAAUGUAGCUAUCGUAGAA